GGUGUUUGAAUUGCAGAUGUGACGCUUUCAUUUGUUCUCCUGAGAAUUAAAAAAUUUUUCAAAAUCGCCAGAUUUUAUUAAUCAUGUGCGGAGCUUUAAAUGUCAUGACUAGUCGGUGAUUUGUUGUAGAGCAGUAAAGUGAUCAUUGAAGCUGGCAAAACCGCUGGUCAACAAAAAAUAAAAAUAAAAAAAAUAAAGAGCCGUUAAGCAAUCAUGAGUUUAAAAGCAGCAAAGCGAAAAAUGUCAACUAAAAAUUAUAUGGCUGUAUUAUCGAUGUUUUACAUAUUAUCAGUGACAUUGCAUGCAACUAAAACAACGGCAUUUCAUGUUGAAUCUUCCCAAGAGGCAUCAUCAGCUGAACAAUUGAGGUUAGGCGUCUACUAUGAGACGCUUUGCCCAGAUAGCAGAUCAUUCAUGCGAAAUUCCCUUUACGAUGGAAUGAUAUUGAAUGAAUGGUUGAAAUAUACUGAAUUGGAACUGAUUCCAUAUGGAAAAGUGACGUCUUGGACAGAUCCAGAUACAAAUAUAACAACACUUUUCUGCCAACAUGGACGUACUGAAUGUGAAUUGAAUGCAUUGCACGCCUGCAUUGUCGAGCAUCAUGAUGUGCGAGAUCAAUUAAAGUUAAUCAGCUGUUUACUGUCCGGUCAUACUACAACAUUGGAUGAGUGUGCCAAGGAUUUAGUAUUGGAUGUGAGUGCGGUAAAGGAAUGUAAAGCUGCUCGCAGCAUACCAGACAUACUGAAGAAAUAUGGAGAAAAGACAGAUGCCUUGGAUAUAUCAUUUGUGCCAUCAGUAACCUUUGACGGGAAAUUCGAUCGGUGGCGCCAACGUUACUUCAUUUAUAAUUUCUCUGUGGUCUUCUGUCGCGAAUACAAGGCUAAAUUUAAUGUUACAUUACCGCAAUGUUAAUUUACAAAUGUAUGUGUGUGUAAAAGUGUUUUCCCAACUCAUUAAAAUUGUUUAAUAAAAGUCUUAGUGAA